GUCUAGACCGUCAGAUGAUUUUCAUGUUUCUUUUUGUUUUGUUUUUUUGGCAUUAUUAAAUUUCAUGGUAGAGUGAGAAAGUUUGUAUUUUUCAGCAUCACUUUCACAUGCUGUAUCCGUCUCUGUAUGAUAAUCACAAAAAAAUAAUCAGUAGGUUGUAAUAAUAAAAUAAAAUCAGGGGUCAGUUUCAGUCGUUCUGUUCCACUAAGCUACAAUUACAUCCACGACCACGAUUGUCGCUCGACGCCUUCCACACAGCCCCUCGUGGAAAAGGCGGAGGCGGAAAAAACCUAUUUAUCCCCUUUUUAUUGUCAAAGAAAUCAGAUCAGCUCAGCACACACGCCAACUGUUUGUGAAAUUGUCUGACAGAGAGAAAAGCUCAAAGCUUUCAGAUUCAAUCGGGAGCUGAUUGGGGAGAGGAGAAAAAAAGAUGAUGGGCCAUUUCGGAGAGAAGUUUACAUCGUUCUUCAACAAUCGGUGGCUGGUUUUUGUGGCUGCAAUGUGGGUGCAAUCAUGCGGGGGAGUUGGGUACGUAUUCGGGAGCAUAUCGCCGGUGAUCAAGAGCUCUUUGAGCUAUAAUCAGAGGCAGGUUGCGAGGUUGGGAGUGGCGAAAGAUUUAGGUGACAGCGUUGGAUUUUUACCCGGUAUUUUAUCCGAGGUUUUGCCGUUGUGGGGUGUUCUGUUGAUUGGGGCGAUUCAGAAUCUGAUUGGAUAUGGUUGGGUUUGGCUCGUUGUCACUGGGAGAAGUCCUGUCUUGCCAUUAUGGGCUAUGUGCAUCCUUAUUUUUGUGGGAACAAAUGGUGAGACCUAUUUCAAUACAGCAGCACUAGUCUCUUGCGUGCAAAACUUCCCAAAGAACAGAGGUCCAGUUGUGGGGAUACUCAAGGGGUUUGCUGGGCUGAGUGGAGCAAUCUUGACUCAGAUAUAUGCAUUGUUGCAUUCUCCCGACCAAGCUUCUCUGAUAUUUAUGGUUGCAGUUGGUCCCACAAUAGUGGCCGUUUCACUAAUGUUUAUCAUCAGGCCUGUCGGAGGUCACAGGCAAAUAAGAUCAUCUGACGGGUUCAGUUUCUCAAUCAUUUACGGUGUAUGCCUCAUUUUGGCUGCUUACUUGAUGGGGGUCAUGCUUGUACAAGAUCUAGUCUACGUGAGUGAGACUGUCAUUACAAUCUUCACUCUGAUUCUAUUUUUCCUUCUGUUGUUCCCCAUAGCCAUCCCUAUCACCUUGAACUUUUUUCGGGAUACAAAAUCACCAGCAGAAGAGGCACUUCUACUUAGCCCAGAUAAGCAAGAGUCAAGCAAAUCUGGGGAUGAUUCUCAAGAUAUCAUAUUCAGUGAAAUGGAAGAUGAAAAGCCAAAAGAAGUAGAUCUUCUUCCUGCUUUGGAGAGGCAAAAGAGAAUCGCUCAGCUUCAGUCGAGACUAGCCCAAGCCGCUGCAGAAGGAGCAGUAAGAAUCAAGAAACGAAGGCCACACCGGGGGGAGGAUUUCACUAUGAUGGAGGCAUUGAUUAAGGCCGAUCUUUGGCUUAUCUUUUUCUCUCUUAUGUUAGGUUCCGGUUCUGGUUUGACUGUGAUUGAUAACUUGGGCCAAAUGAGCGAGUCUCUUGGGUAUGACAACACCCAUGUUUUCGUCUCCAUGAUCAGCAUCUUUAACUUUUUAGGCCGUAUUGGUGGUGGCUACUUCUCUGAGAGAAUCGUCAGCGACUAUGCAUAUCCAAGGCCUAUAGCUUUGGCCGUUGCUCAAGGCUUUCUGGCGAUUGGACAUUUUCUCUUCGCUUUUGGAUGGCCCGGGUCGAUGUACAUUGGAACUCUCCUCGUUGGCCUUGGCUAUGGAGCACAUUGGGCCAUCGUACCUGCUGCUGCAUCCGAAUUGUUUGGUCUGAAAAAAUUCGCGGCUCUAUACAAUUUCCUUACCCUUGCCAACCCUGCAGGUUCUUUGAUAAUGUCAGGUGUUCUCGCAAGUUCCAUAUACGACAGCGAAGCAGAGAAACAAGCUCACGGACAAAAUUACAUACAUCGUGGUAUAUCAUUCUCAUUUUCAAGUUUCUUGAGAGCAGAAGAAUCACUGAAAUGCAAAGGUACCGUUUGCUUCUUCCUGACUUCCUUGAUCCUGUCGGGGCUGUGUGUGGUUGCCAUCAUCUUGAGCUUGAUUCUUGUCCAUCGAACAAAGCCAGUGUACCGUAACCUCUAUGGUAGAUCCCGGAGGUAAAGUGAGGAAUAUUGCUGAGCUUAUCGAAGGGGUUUUGUUUCGAGUUGGCAGUAUGCCUGUCUGCAGUUUGUUGCAAUGUUAUCUUGUUUUAGUUAUUUGUAUGAUUUGUACGUCAAUCAAAGCUAGCAGCAAAAUCCGGUUGGUGGAAUAGCAUUGUGGUGUAUUCUUUGAUUAUUACUGGGUGAAAUCAUUUGAGUGAGAGUAUGAUGUUUGUGGUUGUAUUUGGUAAUACUUUCCUCAUAUUCUUUGGCAAGAUUUUGAUGACCAAAGAUUGAUUGUUGAAUAAGAUUAUUCUUGCUUUUGUGUUGUUA